GUUCGCCCGCCACGGGUCAGAUGAGACGCGCGGCGGUACAUCCGCUGGCUGCUCCCUCCUCCACCUCAUCCUCGGUCGCCAUGGCCUCCUCCUCUUCCCAGUACCCUCCCUCAAGUCCUUCCUCACUGGUCGUCGACAUGGAGACAGGGCCGGGCAGCAUCACGAGGGCCCUCGCCUGCCUCCACGAGGGCAACGCACGGUUGCCACGAUCCUGGACGCGAGGCCGCCACCGGCCGCCGCGCGUGCCUUCCCGCCGAUGCGUGCCGAUCUGGCCGCUGCUUCACCUGAGGGAGUUGGGGUGCGGUGACGCCAUCAGCGUGGUGGCGGAACAGCGAGCAGGGAGAACCGGGGACGGAUGCGCCUACGUCGACCACAGGUCCAACGGCGAACAACGGCAGUGCGUGGGAGAACCGGGAUGAUGACGGAAUCGAGGGGGCAAGGGUCCAAUCUACUCUUGGGAGGAGCUGUCGGCGAAGUUGCUCCGGAGAGCACUACCAGGUCACCUCCGCGGCUGCCGUCCGACCCAGGGUCGCCAGCGGCUUCGUCACCGCGUCGGAGCAUGGAGGAAAUGUCUGAAUCGGACUCUGGGUCGGCAAGGGGGACGAAGAGGAAGAGGGUCACCGAGCCUAGGGAUGGGGAUUCGGCGGGCUCUGGUUCCGACUCCUCUGGCUCUCCGUUCCGCAGGCCCAAGGCUCCCCUGAUGCCCAUCUGCACGGAGGAGGAUGGCACCGUGCUCUACGGCUUCACUGACGACCAAGACGUCAUGGACAGAUACCAUGAUGAUAUGCAGAAAUACAUCAAGAAAAGGGAUCGUCACAAGCGGAUGUUAACACUUGCACCGUCCAGUGUCACCGAGCGCCGCACCGCCAAGGAGACAGAGUCUGUUCUAAAGUGUGCUGAAUCGGUUCUAAGCCUUUCAGCCUACCUGGAUGGCAAGAUGAUAAACCAGUGCACAGGAAUUGUCGUUGAGGUAGAUGCAUUUAGGAACUCCGCUAUCAUUCUCACCUCAGCAUGGCUUUUCUGCACCAAGAAACCUUUGGAUGAUUGGACAAAAAAGGAGUACCCUACUGAGGCAAAGGUUAAUGUUCAUAUGUUGGAUGACUCAACUUUAGAAUGUCGUUUGAUGUUCUUCAGCAAGCACUAUGAAAUAGCCUUCUUUGAGAUUAGUGGGGAUAUUUCAUUGAAGACUUUGUCAUUGGAACGUAAUGUGGAGUUAGGCCAGGAUGUAUUUCUAUUGGCUAGAGAUACAAAUUUGAAUCUGAUUUGUAAGCGAGACAAGGUGCAACUUGUAGAUCCUUGUGAACAUCAGCAAAAUCACUAUCAAUUCCUCAACGGUCCAAUUCCUCAGGUUAUAGUCAUCUUUUCUCCUCUCCCUCUCCGGCCUCACCUCUUCUCCCUCUGCUACUGCUAGCGAGCGCAAUGGCGGGCGAACCGGAGGAUCUCGAUCUUCGCCACCGCAUCCUUGGCUCCACGUCUUCUGCCAGCGGCGUAGUUUGGCGGCCGGGUGGUGGAGGACGAUGCAGUCAUCCCCGUGGUCGGUCCCCUUUCCCAAGUGGAGGAGAGGCGUGUACGUGGUCGUCGGCGGAGCGAUGGGAUUGGAUUGGGGGCGGGGAUUGUCGGCGCUAGGAUUCCGCGGCGGCCGGUGCCCGAGGUCGGUGAAGGCGCGGAAGAUCUUGGCGGCCAGGCUGAGGAGACGGCGGUUGACCACCAGACCGUGUUGCCAUCGAUGCCAAUCAGGUGGCGGCGCACGCGCUAGGAUCGUCGUGGUCUAGCGCCCUGACGCCAGGGACAUCACGCCCACGCUGCUCUUCUACUGUGCUACACCGUCCAGGUCCAGUACAAGCAGGUAUGACGUAUGUCUUCAUAUUUGGGGCUUCUUUUCCAGUCUACGGGUAGUGUGUCUGUGAUCGCCUGAACCGAUGCAAUCCAGUGAUGUCGAUGGAACUAUUCGGUGCAGACUUUCAAUCUCCUUCAGCUUUGAAAUUUUGAGUACGUUGCAGUCUAGCUUCUCUUUGAGUCCAGUUAAUUUCCGUGAUGAUUGAUGCACUGGGUGAGCACCUGAAUCGAUGGCAGUUUGGAGAUUACUAAUAAAGAUUUACGUCAUGGAGGAUCCCAGUGCAUAACAAAGCAUGGCGAUGUGGAUGGAAGAAUCAUCUCAGAUUGAGCAAGGGACAGUAACGUACAUGUCAUAUUAUCUCUAUCUUUUCUCACUGUUGAUACUUAUGUUAAAGAAUCUGUAGUAAUCAACCAAUCCUCGUGUCCUCAUGGUGAAGUACUCCUUGGUAUUGGUUUGCUAAUUUAUUGCUGAAUAGCAAUCUAACUGCUGCAAUUGGUUAAAAAAUGACCUGAAGGGUGAACCGGUGAAAAAAUGAUAUUGGUAUUUAUAUUUUCACUGGAUCCUUGCUUUGUGUUAUAUUACAGAUUCCCUGGAUGCGUUUUGUAGGCACAGGUUGAUUGAUUAUCCCAAUAUCUCUUCUCGACAUAGGAACGUUCAUAGUACAGUAGAUAUUUUA